AUCAUCUCAGGCACCACCGCGAUUCCCGCGAAUUCCACGUCAGCGUCCACGUAGGACGAUCCCCUGGCACUCACGUGACCGUGCUCCGAUAUCACGUGCCCCAGCCUCCUCCCUCUGUAAGACACCGCCACGUCAACCCCUCCGAAAUCGAGGGAGUACACGCCGGCGUUGUGCACUCUCACGGUGAGGAGCAUGGAGAUGUCUACGGUGAUAUGCGGCAAGGGAUGCACCUUGAUCCGCUUCAGCUUCAGCCCUACGAUCUUCAGUGCCGGAUCCGACGGCCACAACACGUAGGUGGUGGUCAGGAAGAGAAGGAAACCCACCGUGCAUGUCACGUGCCACCGCCGGAGAUAAGCCACGGGGUUUUGAUUAUGAUCGUGACGUGGCUUUCGGAGCAGGUACUUCUUGGAGAUAUGGGAGCUGGAAAGACCAGUUUAGCACUAAGAUUUGUAAAAGGCCAAUUCUUUCUUAACCAGGAACCAACCAUUGGAGCUGCAUUCUUCACUCAAAUAUUGUCAUUAUCCGAAGCAACAGUGAAGUUCGACAUAUGGGAUACAGCAGGACAGGAACGGUAUCAUAGUCUGGCUCCUAUGUACUACCGUGGUGCAGCAGCUGCAAUUGUUGUUUAUGAUAUCUCAAACAUUGAUUCAUUUGUUCGAGCCAAAAAAUGGGUUCAGGAGUUGCAGAGACAUGGAAGUCAGAAGUUGGUGAUGGCAUUAGUGGCAAACAAAUCUGACUUGGAGCCGAAGAGAGAGGUUGAAACUGAGGAAGGAGAGCAAUAUGCUCAAGAGAAUGGAAUGUUCUACAUGGAAACAUCUGCUAAGACUGCAGAGAACAUCAAUGAGCUUUUCUAUGAAAUAGCUAAGAGACUUGCAAGAGCUUUUCCACCGAAGCCUACAGGAAUGAAGUUGAACAGCGAAGUACAAGAACGAGGGAGAAAAUUCUUUUGUUGCUCAACAUGAUAUGCCACUGUGCAUUCGAAUCAAGAAACAGAGUAACGAAUGGUUUCAAGGUGUAUUUAGUUUCCUCUCUAUGUAAACAAUUUCAUAUGUAAUGAUAAACUCAGAUUAAUCAUCCGUAAGCUUAUGGCCUGUUCUUAUAUUUACUACUACGUUUCAACCUCCCUAUUUCUCAGUUGUAUGAACAUUCAAUUACAGCUUACUUUAAAUAUUCAACAUUCAUCCCGAAUCAAGAGAACAUUAUAUAACAACCAAUAAACAUAUACUUUACCCAAAUAAAU